AUGCUCCGCCAAUCUGUCCGUCCCCUCACAACCGCCAACCGUGCCCUCACCCGCUCCUUCUCUGCUCUUGCUCCCAGAAUGGGUGCAGGUGAUACCGGUGCUCCUCGCUCUGGCGGUACUCAAAGCGGUGACUCCUUCACACGCCGGGAAGCCGCACAGGAAAGCAUUUAUAUCCAUGAGAAGGAGAAGGAGAAGCUCGAAGCUCUGAAGAGAAAGAUCAGGGAACAACAAGAGCACCUCAAUGAGCUUGAUAAGCAUCUCGAGGAGUUCACCAAGAGCCAGGGCGGCGAGAAGAACUAA